CAGCCGGAUCCACUACCAAGUAAAUUGGAAGAGAUGCAGAAGUUUUUCAGGCUUAAGGUCACUGGGAAGCUGGACAAAGAAACACUGGAGGUGAUGAAGAAGCCCCGCUGUGGAGUUCCAGAUGUAGCUGCGUACUCCACAUUUGCAGGCAAACCCAAAUGGCAGUCCAAACAGGUCACCUACAGAAUCGUGAACUACACCCCUGACAUGUCAACUGCAGAAGUUGAUCAAUCCAUAAAGAAAGCGCUGCAGGUCUGGGCCGAUGUCACUCCUCUGAGAUUCACUCGUAUUACCAAAGGCAUAGCUGACAUCAUGAUCUCCUUUGCUACAAGGGAGCAUGGCGAUGGUGAGCCAUUUGAUGGACCACUAGGCACAUUGGCUCAUGCGUUUAAACCUUUUCCUGGAAUUGGUGGAGAUGCACAUUUCGAUGAUGAUGAGUCUUUCACAUUCCGCUCAUCUAAAGGUCAUGUCCUGUUCCUGGUGGCCGCCCAUGAGUUUGGUCACUCUUUGGGUCUUUCUCAUUCUGACGUUCCCGGCGCUCUGAUGUUUCCCACAUACAGCUUUACUGAUCCGGAUCGUUUCUCUCUGCCCAGUGAUGACAUCAGAGGGAUUCAGUCGCUCUAUGGUAAACCUGAUUCAGAACCAGCAAAUACUCCUUGUCACCUGGUCUGGGAUGCAGUGACGACUUUUAAGGGAGAAACAAUGUUUUUUAAGGAUAGCGUUCUCUGGCGUAUAUCUCCGAGCAGAAGUGCAGAUCAACUUCCCAUAAAAAGUUUCUGGCCCAAUGCCCCAGAUAAUAUAGAUGCUGCUUAUGAGGAUCCAGUGCAAGAUAAACUUUUCCUAUUCAAAGGUAAACAAGUCUGGGCAUUUAAUGACAAAAAUCUUGAGCCAGGCUAUCCUAAACCUCUCAGCAGCUUUGGUCUGCCAGCAUCUGUGACAAAAGUUGAUGCUGCCGUCCACAACAAGAACUCAGGAAAAACACUGCUCUUCUUUGACAUAUAUUACUACAGCUAUGAUGAGAGAGAAGAGAGGAUGGACAGAGGGAAUCCCAAACGAGUGGAAAAUGGAUUUCCAGGGUUUACUGGAGAGGUUACAGCAGCCCACAUGUCCAACAAUAACAUUUAUCUCUACAGCGGAGCAAAUUUGUAUGAGUUCAGCUCAAGCAACAGAAAUCUCCUUCGUUUGCUGAAGAGCGAUUACUUCCUGCCCUGUCAGGGUCCCUGA